GUCAACUGUACAAUGAGGAAGUAGUUUACAACAAACGCCUCCUGAAUUUUACAUGCAGUAGUGUGGGAUCAUGUAAGCAGCCAGUACUUCUCAUCGGAUGUACCUGUCGUUGUCUCCAGAAUGAAUCCAGGAUUAGGAUUCUGUUGCCUCCUGCUCUUCUCGGUUGUCUAUGCGGAUGCUGAUGUACAGACGUCAGAUACACCUCUUAUAUCUUCCUCACUCUCACCUUCACCACCAUCAAGUCAAAAUUCACCAUCUACAUCGACAACAUGGACAACAGCAACAUCACCACAACUAACGUCAACACCAUCUUCAACACCACCACCACCCCCACCACCACCACCACCGACACCUACUACGACAGACACGCCUUGUUACAGCAGCAUCUGUCAGUGUGAAGAGAACUUCUUUCAGGAUGGGACGGCAUGUAGUAAUGUCUCGAGACUGAAAGUAACCAACAUCACAGCGACGUUUGUUGGUGAGACCUACAUAACUCUUGGAUGGACAAACCCCAACGAUAUCAAGCCCAACGUCACCUACACAGUCCAAGGUCAUAGUUGGAACUCAUCGAUGGACAGGACUAUAACAGGACUACGUCCAGGACAUGUUUAUGAAAUAAUCAUCACAUCUUCCAUCACCCAGUACAAUGUUACGAAGCAAGUAAACAGCACACCUGUAUACAUCAGGACAUACCCAUCUCAAGUUACAGUUUUAAACAACCCAGCAAGAAAGGUUCCUGCAUCAAACCUUUCCCUGACCUUCAAUAUAAGUGAUGGCGAGGCAAGCUGUUAUAUCAUCACAGUCAAGCACCAAAAUAUGGUUGUUUUCAACAUGACUGUACAUGACAAUACUACUGAAACCAUCAAAACACGAAUAGAAAACCUUGAGUCUGCCAAGACCUACAAUAUAUCAAUCAUUACGGUAUCAGGGAAUCGCCACAGCAACGCCUUAACAUUCCCAUUUACAACAAAGGACAAACAGGCGGGGAUUAUCACCCGGUUCAACGUGACAAAUGUGACAAAUACCAGUAUAUCUGUGUCGUGGUCACCACCAAGUGAAACCAGAGGAAGUAUAAUUGGAUAUAGUUUGAACGUCAGCAGUGGACCAAUCGAUCAGGACUUCCAACUACUUCUAAUUUGUAGUAAUUGCAGUUAUAUACAAAAAACGCUCAAGUUGCACGCUGACGUUGGAAUGAACAUAUCUCUGAAUAUAAACAAAGAUGUCCAAUACACCAUACAGAACCUACUGCCAUUUGAGAAUUAUACACUAACUGUGAAUGCCUACAAUGAAGCAGGGCAAGGUGAAACGUAUCUCAACAGGACCAGAACCUCCAUUGGUGUUCCGUCACCGCCAAAGGAGCUAGAUGUCUUUAAUAUCAGCUCGUCCAGUGUGACCCUGUUCUGGCAGCCCGCUGACCACCAGGACGGACCGACCACCUACUACAUCACAGUAGGGGAAGCAACCCACUUAACAUCAAACAGCUUCCAAGAAAAAAUGGUUGUCAGUGUCAGCGGAUUUAAUAGCACAUCCGUCCUGGUUGAGGGUCUCUUGAGUUACUGGAAGUACACCUUCAACAUCACAGCAGCUACUCCAGUUGGAAACUCAAGUGUCUUGUCUGUAAAUGAAACUGUCCGGAUUCAAGAGUCAGCUCUGGGAUGA